AUUGCACACAUUUUAGGGCUCAGUGACCUAUGAAGAUGUAACUGUGAUAUUCACUCCAGAGGAGUGGGCACUAUUGAAUCCUUCAGAGAAGAAACUCUACAGAGAUGUGAUGUGUGAAAACUUCAGAAACUUUCUCUCAAUAGAAAAGAUACAAGAACAUUCCACCAAAGAGCAGCAUAACUUGCCUGGGAGUAAACAAAGGAAUACAACUGUGAAAAUCUCUGAGGGCAAAAAAAGUCAUAAUGGUAGAAAAUCUCAAGAAUGUGAAGUAUACAAAAAAUUAUUCACUUAUUCUAAUCAUCUUCAGAAACAUGAAAGAACUCACAGUGGAGAGAAACCCUAUGAAUGUAAACUAUGUAGUAAAACAUUCAAUCAUUGCAGUAGUCUUCGGAGACAUGAAAGAAUUCACACUGGAGAGACACCCUAUGAAUGUAAACUAUGUAGUAAAGCAUUCAGUCAUUCCAGUAGUCUUCAGAGUCAUGAAAAAAUUCACAGUGGAGAGAAACCCUAUGAAUGUAAACUAUGUAGUAAAACAUUCAGGCAAUCUGGUACUCUUCAGCUACAUGAAAGAAUUCACAGUGGGGAGAAACCCUAUGAAUGCAAACUAUGUAGUAAAACGUUCAGUCAAUCCAGUAGUCUUCAGCUACAUGAAAGAAUUCACAGUGGAGAGAAACCUUACGAAUGUAAAUUAUGUAGUAAAAGAUUCACUAGUUCCAGUAAUCUUCGGAUACAUGAAAGAACUCAUGGUGGAGAGAAACCCUACGGAUGUAAACUGUGUAGUAAAGCAUUCAGUUUUCACAGUAAUCUUCGGAGACAUGAAAGAAUUCACAGUGGAGAGAAACCUUACAAAUGUAAACUAUGUAGUAAAACAUUCACUUUUUCCAGUAAUCUUCGGGUACAUGAAAGAACUCACAGUGGAGAGAAACCCUAUGGAUGUAAACUAUGUAGUAAAGCAUUUAGUUGUUCCAGUCAUCUUCAGAGACAUGAAAGAAUUCACAAUGGAGAGAAACCCUAUGAAUGCAAAUAGUGUAGUAAAACAUUCAGUCAUUCCAGUCAUCUUCAGAGACAUUAAAAAAUUCACAGUGGAGAGAAUCUCUAUGUAUGUAAACUAUGUAGUAAAACAUUCAACCGAUCCAGUUAUCUUCAUAAACAUCAAAAAAUUCACAGUGGAGAGAAACCCUACGAAUGUAAACUAUGUAGUAAAACAUUCACUUUUUCCAGUAAUCUUCGGAUUCAUGAAAGAACUCACAGUGGAGAGAAACCCUACGGAUGUAAACUAUGUAGUAAAACAUUCAUUCAUGCCAGUUUACGUUGGAGACAUAAAAGAAACCCCAAAACAUGGAUUCUCCCUGUCAUCUUUGUCAACAUGAAAUAACCCACAAUUAAGAAAAACUUGAUGAAUGUAACCAGUGUU